AUGGACGAGAUUGUAGAAUCAGAGGAUUCCGAUCAUCAAGCGGAAAUAAUCCAUGCUCUACCGACCACAGUUGAAGAAGCAUAUGAACGCGCUUUGGAUCGCCUACAGAAGAAUUCUGCAAAACGCAAGCGAACAGACGGACGCCUUUCAAAAGCUAUUCACGCGAUUUUCUGGGUAGCCUAUGCAAAGAACACGCUUUCGCGGAAGCAACUCAAACAAGCACUGGCAUGGAUCGAUCGGGAACCCAGAGAGAGCUCAGACUGGACGACUACCGUCAUCGACGACUUGACAUCAGGACUGGUGGUGACUCGAAAUGAUGACUCAGUAGCUCUGGUUCAUAAAACUCUUAGCGAGUACCUGGAGCAAACUACUACUCGAGAGAAAUGGUUCCCGACAAUUGAGAAGCAUAUACCAACCGUUUUACUGCGCCUCCUCCGUUACCUGGUACGACAGAAGAGCGACAUGUAUUCCGGCACUGCACAAUUUUUGACUGCCUAUCCACUGUGUUCCUUUGCGUUGCAGAAUUGGGGUCUUGGGUUGGAGAAGCCUCUCAGUCUUGGAGAUUCAUUACGUGAAGACGUCAGAGCUUUUCUUCGGGUUCCAUUCCACGACUGGAGUCAAGAGUUGCAACAAGAAGCAAGAAACUUCCUCAAAGACAAUGCUUUAGUCUGGAGAGAUCAACACGAGCAUCUGCCGCGAGACUUUUUUUCACCGGGCACUGUGAGCGCAUUAUACUGGGUUGUAAAGUUCCAACUCACAACCCUCAUCGAGGAAUUCUCAGACUGCACCUCCGAGUGUCUUGUGCAAGAUCCGCUGCCAAUCCUGCCCCUGGGACUUGCGGCUGGACUUGGCCACGUCGACACUGUCCAGAAGCUGCUUGACAUUGGUGCCAAAGUCGAUGUGCCAUCCGGAGCGAACAGGAUGGUGAAGCCUCCGUUAUACGACGCUUUCUGGAUGGACGAGCUGCCGACGGCCAAGUUGCUACUCAAUCACGGAGCGGACCCGACUCCGCGCAGGGGCGAGAAUGGGCAAUCACCGAUUGAUAUUCUUUACUUGCAGCACCGCGACGCCUGUUGCGAUUUUUUCGCCAGUCAUAUUUCCGGUAGCGCUCCCACCCGGACGCAGGAGUUACAGUACUUGGUCAGAACAGGCUAUGCGGAGGACUUGCAAAGGGCCAUCAAUGAGGGUCUAGAUGUCAAUCACCCCUGCGAAAACGGCAAGACUGCACUUGAUUAUGCCAUGGAAAUGGGUGAUUCAAAAAUCAUUGAAAUUCUCCAAAGCAGUAACGCUCGUGCAAAUCUGCAGUGGCCGGCACGGGAGACAGCAGUCUACCCGUACAGGUCAAACCUGCCCGAUCUCGCAAUCGCCCCCAUCGCUCAAGGACGCCGGGAGUGGGAGAAUGGCUUCUCCAUGUGGCAGUUUAAAGAAGAAGUGCUGCUCGAAAUCCCAGUCAACUGCACUGAUCCGGUACAAUGCAUCAUUUUUGAAUCCGUUUCCUGCGACCAAGGCUAUACAAACUGCCCCGAGGAUCAAGAUACCGACAUUGGCUUGCGCAGCCGUCUGGAUUUUCGCGUAAAAGAUGGGAGCGAGUAUUCUUUCCCUUUUGUGAUUCAAAACAAUGUACAUGCCUCGCUCGAGAAACGGCUACACACAAAUAUAUGGAAUUUGAGUGAAGUCGAAAUACAUGAUCCGGGGAAAGCAGCAGCUGUGCGGGACAUUCGGGAGUCGAGCAUUCUACAGAUAUUGGGCGUCGCCUGGGGUACAGGCUGGAGAAAUACAAUCUACUCCAUUCAGGUUUCUGUCUAUAGUCACGAGGUAGACAAAAGAUCUUUUUCAGCGUCUGACAUUGGUUCGACGUGA